UGAUCUGAGCUUACUCUGCUACUAGCAGAGGGCUGAGCAAAGAGGACUAUGAGUGAUCGCAGCCCACAGACUAAAGCACAGGCGAGCAUCGGCCAGGAAAGCCCACUACACCGCGCUGAGCUCGCCUCCUCCUCCGUCAAUACAUCCUGAACGUCCACUGCUUAGAAACCGAUUUAUUUACCACGACGAUGGAGAACUGCAGGUUUUGGAGAAGACUAUGAGCUCUCUAGGAUCUGCCUCUGCAGCUUCAGGAGGUGUGGGCAAUGGUCGAGGGAGCCUUCGGACGUCUGUCGAGUCUGAGGAGGGAACUGACCCCUUGCCCAUGUACGGCGCAGGCCACUGUAAGUGGUUUAAUGUACGAAUGGGCUUUGGAUUCAUAUCGAUGACUAGUCGCGGAGGAAAUCCUAUUGAUCCUCCAAUGGAUGUGUUUGUUCACCAAAGUAAGCUGCACAUGGAGGGUUUUCGAAGUCUGAAGGAAGGCGAGGCUGUAGAGUUCACCUUCAAGAAGUCCUCUAAGGGCCUGGAGUGUGUGCGAGUAACAGGGCCUGGAGGAGUCCACUGUGUGGGCAGCGAGAAGAGACCCAAAGGGAAAAGCAUGCAGCAGAAACGAAAGCCAAAGGGAGACCGAUGUUAUAACUGUGGUGGUCUGGACCAUCAUGCCAAAGAGUGCUGCCUCCCUCCGCAACCCAAGAAGUGCCAUUACUGCCAGAGUGCCACCCACAUGGUGGCACACUGUCCGCACAAAGCGUCCUCAGCUGCUCAGGGAAGGUACAGCUUAGAGCCGCCUGCCUCCAGCUCAGGCCAAGCCCCAAGCCCUCACAGCUCAGAUGCAGGCCAAAGAUCCUCCUACUCGUCUCAGGACUGCUCCGCCUCCAGCAAACCCUCCAGCUCCCCUGAAGAACCCGCAACAAAAGCUGCCUCAUCACAGAGAAAAAAGAGGAAAAAAUGAAGUCCCUCUCUCGGUACACCUCAGGCCACCUCAUCUUAUCCAGGUCCCCAAUGUAAGCAUACUGCUGCACGCACCCUACCUCAGACUGAUAAGUAAGGCCCAAAAUGACAUCUCUGGAACUCUUGAGCCUCACACGAAGGAGGAAACGUUUGCUGCUGUCUUUAUUCAUAAUCAGUUGAACUCCGAACAGGAUAUGCUUUAAAGAAACUGAUACCUCAUGCACAAUGUACACCUAUGCAUCGUUUUGCUAAAUUUUGUUAGCUCUGUAUUCUGAAUCAUGUUAUCUAAUUUGAAUAUGGUCCAAACAGUUGAAGAACUGCAGUGUUUUUUUAAACCCUUGAUUUUUGUAGGCACACUGAACAAUCUUGAGCCAAAGAAUCCAAGAGAUUUUUUUGAGGUUUUGAACAAGCUACCUGUCUUUCUCAGCAGCCUUAUUUCACUCAUUCUCAUCUAGUUUUAGAAUGGUGGAAGGAAAUCAGAGAUGAUGUCUGAUCAACUUCCAUCUAUUAAAAUAAGAUGUUAAUAAGAGCAAUCA